UUCAAACAUCGACACACCUACAGCCGGGUCAAAAACACUAGUGUUAGGUGAAUGUAAAAUAAGACACAUAUUUAAUUAAACUUUCAAACUUAGACUUUAUUACUAAAUUUAAAUCGAAUUUAGUGACUCCAGGGUUUGAAAGUGAAACAAGCUUGCUGUAAGAUUUACCGAACCAGCUCAAGGAUGGGGAUGGCUUUAUUCUUCGUCUUGGUUGUUUUCACCGGUGUGUCAUCUGAGAUACGCGUCAAGCUUUUUGAGAAUCACAUGACAAAUCUCUGCAAAUGCUAUGGUUUAAAUUCCCCACGUUUUUUCCUACAAGCUGAAGUUUAUGUUUCCGGGAAUGCACCCCUAUCUGUCAUCGGAUUUGAAAUAAUGAAUGGAGAUUUGUCUUCAGGCUAUAUUGACUUGUGUUCUGUAUCUUUGGAAGAGAAAUUGUUCAAUGACUCCAGAGAACCUUGUUAUGUGCAGCUCACCAAUGAUUCCAGGAAGAUAAACUUCGUGUUCAACCAAACUCUUCGUUCGAAAUACAGCAAUGCAUUCGUUAGAGCCUGGGCAAUUGUCUUUGAUGCUGGUAAACAUGUCAGCAAUAGAAUUCAAUUACCAACACAUUGUAGCUCAGAUAAUAUCACUUACAAUGUAUGGAUCAACAAGAAAUAUAUAAACUUGACAGACUGUAACAUAGAGAUUAACAACGAUACCAUUGUGAUUUUUUACAGCGUCAGUUCGCCAUCAAAUAUAUCAUACGAAUGCCAUGUUCUAGACGGAGACAAUGUCACCAAACUAAAGGAAAACAUAGAGACAUUGAUCGACUUAACACUUGCGUCUAACAACACUGAACGAACUGUAACUUUAAGGUUUCGUGUUUGUCAUGGUGACCAAAGAACUAUCACGUGUUCUCUCUUUUCAAAAGAUACUGAGAUGCCUUCCAGUAAUGAUACGUCAGUAAUGAUUGACGUAGCCAUGGCUAUAAUGUUCAUUUUAUCUGGGAGUCUUAUAUUGUAUUGCCUUUGGAAAAAAAUUUUGAAAAAGGGAAAAGGAAAAAAUGUUACAACUACGGAUUUCAACUCUGAAAAUGAUAUAUUUCUGGACAAGAAAACACAAGAGGAGCUUAUUGAAACCAAGAGUUGCAGUGUCCUUUUGACUGGGAAAGUGGGAACUGGAAAGAGCUCAACUGGCAACACCAUACUAGGUCGCGAAGUCUUUAAAACAAGCUCAAGUACAGAUAUCUCACCCUGUAUAGUAGAGAAAGAGUCAGUUAUGUACGGUAACAUAGAAAUGACUGUUGUAGAUGGGCCUAGCGUUGACCCAGCAGUAAGUAAUGAUUCGAAAAAAUUACAAGAACUAUUUCAACGUUUUGAUGAAUCCUUGCAGCUUGUCCCGAAUGGAUUUGACGCCAUUUUGUUUGUCCUUCGUUACGGUAGCAAGUUUACGGCAGAAGAUGUAAAUACAUUUGAAAUCUUAAAAGGGGCACUUGGAAAUGAUGUAUUAAAGAAAAAUGGCAUACUCGUCCUUACACUUGGGGAUAAUUUCCUUUUGGACCAUCUGAAUGAGAAUUACGUUGUUGAGUGGUGUUGUAAACAAGAAGGAAGGUUUAGAGAUUUUUUUGAGGAAUGUAACAGAAGAGUAGUCUUGUUCAAUAAUAAAAGUAAUGAGGAUGAAAUGUGGGGGUGUCACAAACUUCAAAGUUUGGUGUUAGAAUUAUCUACAAAUAUUACGAAGUGUAGUUACUAGAAUCUUGGAGGAGGCGUUUACUAAAUCGUAUUUAGAUUUUCCGGCAUACAAAGAUCGUAAGGGGAACAAUUGUUGCUUUCUCUGAAAACAGCUCGUCUCUUUGUUGGUCAAUAACAUUUUCUUUCUACUCUUAGCCACAUAAACAAUUCAUUUUUUUUAUUGUCUGCGUAUCGCAAAUCCAGUUUUUAAAAGGAACUAAAAAAAAACAAAAAAACAAGCAAAAUACAAAAAAAAAUUUUUAACAAAAAAUAUCUCAGGCAAUAUUUCCUCCCUUAAAACUAAAUCUAUCAAUUAUGUAGCAGUUAUUUCCCUUAUUGGAUAACAAACGAAAUAAUAAAUACCAAUAAUUAAUUAUAUAACAGUUGAAUGUUCAUUCAUUCAUGUUUAGUUAGGUACUAUAAAUAAUUGCUUAAAGUAUCGACUUGAUCGGAUAAUGUGUGUGGGGAAAAUAGCGUUAACAAUUAUUUAAGGGGGCUAAACCCUAUUAAAUUAACUUAACCCAAAAAGUAAGCAGACAGCUGCAGAGUGAAUACAUAAACAAUGUAAUAUCUAAAGACAACAACAAAAACCUAUGGUCAUACAUUAAGUCUAAGAAAAUGGAAACAACAGGCGUAGCGCCAUUAAAAGAUGAACAUAACAUAAUACAUAAUGAUAAUGAAACUAAAGCAAACAUUCUAAACAAAUACUUUGCAUCAGCAUUCUCAGCCCCAGGAGACAAAGACAUAUUACUGAAUUUGAACCAAGUAGACAACAUAGAAGAUAUAGUAGUACAAGAAAAUGGAAUUCAAAAACUAUUAGCCAACACCAAACCAAAUAAAGCUUCUGGACCUGAUGGUAUUCCAGCUAGAUUAAUCAAAGA